CAACAACAACAACAACAGCAACACUAUCAACAGCAAACACACAGCAACACUUAUGAAAUGUUGUACUCCCAACACCCGCACCAUCAACAACAACAGCAACAACAACUGCUGCUAUCAGGAGCAGGAGCCAGCGCCAGCAACAACUCGUCGUCGGCCACACGCCAACAACAAGAGCAACAACGUCUACUUAAAAAACGUCAACAUGCUGAACAAAAUUCGGCCAGCAGCAAAAGCCAAAGCAGCAGCAGCAGCAGCAGCAAAUCAGCAGCCCAACAAAUGGCCGAGGCAGAACAUGCCUAUUUGUCGACCAUGUACGGCAAGGCAGCAGCAAAUAUGCUAAGUCCGCCAUUAAGUGCACCACAUGCUCCGCCACCAGUUGCUGGGGCCAACAAGGAUAAACGCCAGCAGCAGCAGCAGCAGCAGCAGCAACAAUUGCCAAUUGCCGGCAGCAGCAAUCCGUUUGAUUGGAAUCUGGCCGCUGCCGCACAAGAGCAACAUCAACGCCAAAGAAGAGCAGCAGCAGCAGCAGCAGCAGCAGCUCAAUUGCCACCGCCACCUGCGGCCGCCCCAUCAUCAGCUGCGGCCGAGCGUCGUAUGGUCAUGCAGCGUAGGCAUAGCAUAUGCGCUGCCGGCCUAUCGCCAGCCUCAUCGACCCAUUCCUCGUUGGCCGCCUCGUCGCCAACAUCGGCAGCUGCCGCCUUGGCCGCUGCCUCCUACUAUGGCAGUGCGGCAGCAGCAGCGGCCGCAUUUACAGCUCCAUAUCAUCAUCAUCAUUCGCAUCAUGCGGCCGCAGCCCAUCAUCAUGCCGCGGCAGCGGCAGCAGCGGCGGCGGCGGCAGCUGCGGCGGCUGCCCAUCAUUCGCAUGGCCAGCCAUCGCCAACAAUAUAUCCACCAACGCCGCCCCCGUCGGCUCCAUGGGUGCAUCCCUGGUAUGCGGGUGAUGCAUUCUGAGAUCGGGCCCCAAACAGUGGCGGACGACCGUAUCGGUAGUAGUAGGGGGAGUGGCUGGACCGGCGGUGAGGGGGGCGGUAGUAGCCAGGCCAAAAACACACACACAACAACCACACACAUGUAAAUUGUUAUUGUAAUGAUAGGAGUAACUAACUAACUAACUAUUUAUUAUUAAAUCAUCCCACACACACACACACACAUAAAACAAGAAUGAAUGAAUAACAAAAGAGAAAACACACAAAUACCAAUACAUAAGCAAGUAUACAUAUAUGUAUAUUAUAUUA